AUGUGUCAGCUCAAAGACAGCAUGGGGGUCCAUGGCUGUGGAGGGGGCCGGGGGGACGACAGGGGGUCAGCCAAGGGCCACCCGUGGUCACCCCGUCACCACUCUCCCCCUGUCCUCCCACCCUCACCUCGUCUGCACUCUCCCCCUGUCCUCCCACCGUCACCUCGUCUGCACUCUCCCCCGUCCUACCACCCUCACCUCGUCUCCACUCUCCCCCGUCCUACCACCCUCACCUCGUCUCCACUCUCCCCCGUCCUCCCACCCUCACCUCGUCUGCACUCUCCCCCUGUCCUCCCACCCUCACCUCGUCUCCACUCUCCCCCGUCCUACCACCCUCACCUCGUCUCCACUCUCCCCCUGUCCUCCCACCCUCACCUCGUCUGCACUCUCCCCCUGUCCUCCCACCCCUCACCUCGUCUCCACUCUCCCCCGUCCUACCACCCCUCACCUCGUCUCCACUCUCCCCCGUCCUAUCACCCUCACCUCGUCUCCACUCUCCCCCGUCCUACCACCCUCACCCCGUCACCACUCUCCCCCGUCCUACCACCCUCACCUCGUCUGCACUCUCCCCCUGUCCUCCCACCCUCACCUCUUCUUCACUCUCCCCCGUCCUCCCACCCUCACCUCUUCUGCACACUCCCCCUGUCCUCCCACCCUCACCUCGUCUGCACUCUCCCCCUGUCCUCCCACCCUCACCUCUUCUUCACUCUCCCCCUGUCCUCCCACCCUCACCUCGUCUGCACUCCCCCCCUGUCCUACCACCCUCACCUCGUCUCCACUCUCCCCUGUCCUACCACCCUCACCUCGUCUCCCCCUCCAUAUAUCCUACCACCCUCACCUCGUCUCCCCCUCCAUAUAUCCUACCACCUUUACCCCAUCUCCAUUCUCCCCCUGUCCUCCCACUCUGGCAACUAUGGCUCCAGCCUGCCAGAUUUACCGCCACGCUGA